AUGACGAAGGGUGAGAAGACUCUAGAAUCGGAUAACAAACCUACUAUCAAGAUUACCGACGAUUUGCUUGGAACCCGUGGACAGUGGGAGGCUACGCUUGAAGAUGCUCGUUCCGCCAAUUCCCACGAACAUUCUCUGAACGUCCGAUCGGCUCUGAAAGCCUAUCCGUGGGCUGUUUGCUGGUCAUUGAUCAUUUCACUCUCCAUAAUUAUGGAGGGGUACGACACUGCUCUCAUCAAUUCUCUAUAUGCAUACCCAUCUUAUGCUCGUCGGUUUGGUGCAGUCGACCCAGCCACUGACACAUACCAAAUUCCCGCUAGAUGGCAAAGUGCUAUGAGCAGUGGAUCUCAGGCUGGUGCAAUUGUAGGCGCCCUUGCAAAUGGCUUUAUUAUUCAACGCUUCGGCUUCAAGCCCGCAUUUGCCCUUGGUGUUCUUCUUAUGGCUUCAUUUGUCUUCAUUUCAUUUUUCGGAAUGUCGGUUGGGCUUCAAACGGCUGGUCAGAUCCUCUGCGGUGUUCCCUGGGGCAUCUUUGCAACAAUUGGCCCUGCGUAUGCCUCGGAGCUCUGCCCUCUGCGCCUUAGGUCGUAUCUCACAGCCUAUACUAAUCUGUGCUUUGCAACUGGGCAGUUUAUAGCUGCUGGCGUGCUUCAGAGCUUUAUCAAACAACAAGAUGAUUGGGCAUGGCGCAUAAGCUUUGCACUUCAAUGGAUGUGGAUUCCUAUCCUUGGAAUUGCAGCCUUCUUGAUGCCUGAAUCCCCGUGGCAUCUUGUACGCAAGGGUAAAUAUGAAAUGGCUGAGAAGAGUGUAGUUCGGCUCAUGGCAGAGCAUGAGAAAGUCCAUUCCAAAUCUCUGGUUGCUCUCAUGAUCCACACGAAUGAUCUCGAGCGUGGUGCUUCACAGGGAACAUCGUACUGGGAUUGCUUCAAAGGUGUUGACCUGCGUCGUACAGAGAUUGCGGUUAUCACAUUCCUGGGCCAAAUCACCUGCGGAGCUCAGUUUGCCUACUCAGCUACCUAUUUCUUCCAACAAGCCGGCCUCAGCUCUGAAGAAAGCUAUAAGCUAAAUCUCGGUGGCACUUCAAUUGCAUUCUUAGGAACAAUCACUUCAUGGUUCCUUAUGCGCCGUAUUGGUCGUCGUAUCCUUUACCUAUCGGGUAUGUCAUGCAUGGCGCUAUGGCUUUUUAUCAUUGGAGUUCUCGCAGUUAAUACUUCCAAUCCAAAUGUCAAGUGGGUCCAGUCAGCACUUUGCCUUAUUUGGCUCUUGACAUUUUCUCUCACUGUUGGGCCAAUCGGCUGGAUUAUACCAGCUGAGGUUUCAUCUACUCGUUUACGCUCCAAGACAAUUGUUCUGGCUCGCAAUGGCUACUACGUGGCACAGAUUCUCGCCAAUGUGAUCCAGCCUUACAUGAUGAAUCCUCUGGCCUGGAACUGGAAAGGAAAAACUGGAUUUUUCUGGUUUGCCUUUGCCUCGAUGACUGUCGUUUGGGCUUUCUUCCGUAUGCCUGAAACUAGAGAUCGUUCCUACGAGGAGCUUGAUCUUAUGUUUAUGGCCAAAAUCUCCACUCGGCGAUUCAAGAAGUAUCAUAUGGAUGCUUAUGAAAAUGGAGAAAGCCGUAUCCAAGAGACAUAA